AUGGCGAAAAUACACUACAAAAUUGGCGGCGGCAGCAUCCCAAGCGAGUCUAUCAACUCAUCUCAUGUUGAUGAUGCUCUGAAAUAUCUCCACUCCGUGGGCAAUGCCGGCGACGUUUCUUUUACAGCUCAAGAUGAAAAACAAGUCGUUCGGAAAAUAGAUUGGAUGCUACUACCUCUGAUGGCAGCAAUGUAUAAUAUUCAAUACCUUGACAAGACGAUAUUGAACUAUGCCAACGUUAUGGGACUGGCAAAAGAUACCAACACUAGUGCAAGCCAGUUUUCUUACUUAGCAACUGCCUUUUACGUGGGAUACCUAAUUUGCGAAUUUCCUCAAGGCUAUGUGAUUCAACGAGUUCCGCUAGCGAAGUGUCUAGGAAUCAACCUCGUCCUCUGCGGCGUCUGUGUCGCAGCGAGCUCUGCGGGUACUAAUUAUGCCACUCUUGUCAUUUUGCGGGUACUUCUGGGAUGUUUCGAGUCGGCUAUUUCCCCUAGCUUGAUGCUUUUGACAUCAAUGUGGUAUAAGAAGAGUGAACAGCCCAUCAGAAUUGGUAUAUGGUUUGGAUCAGGAGGAUUAUCAACGAUUGUUGGCGGUUUGUCCAGCUUCGGGUUUCAACACUACCACGGACGGAUUUUUAAAUCAUGGCAGAUCAUGUUUCUCGUCUGUGGAGUAGUCACCAUUUUAAUCGGGAUUUGGGCACUUCUAGUGUUUCCAGAUAAUCCAAUGAGCUCGGGUCUUACACAGCGCGAGAAACUUAUUGCGAUUGAGCGGCUUCGCUCUAACAAAACAGGAAUCGAAAACAAGACCUUUCAGAAAGCUCAAAUGUUCGAGGCAUUGAGGGAUGCAAAAGUCUUGAUUAUAAUGGUAAUGGUUAUAUGUGGAUCUGAGAUCAAUGGAGCUUUAGCCAAUUACCAAACUUCACUUAUCAAGUCAUUUGGUUUCGGUUCCAAAAAAAGCGCAUUAUUAUCAGUGCCUACCGGUGUAAUUUCAAUACUUGUUUGCACAAGCAGUACGUAUGUUGCUGGUAGGACUAAUCAACGUCUUCUAGUUCUGGCCUGUUUUCUCCCUCUUGGAAUAGUCGGCGCUUCAUUGAUGGCAUUCCUUCCCACGAGUGCGCGUCCAGGAAAGAUGGUUGGUCAGUAUCUCACGCACAUGGUUCCUACCACUCCAAUUAUAUAUUCUAUUGCCGCAGCAAAUUUCUCCGGUCACACUAAGAAGAUCACUGUGAAUGCUUUGAUAUUAAUAUCGUUCUCAAUUGGGAACAUAAUUGGUCCACUUACCUUCACUGGCGCGACCGCACCAGAUUAUUUCCCCGCCAAGAUUGCUAUGAUGUGCUGCUUUUCUGGCGCCUUCGUGCUUGUGUUUGUUCUACGAUUUGCGUUUCUCCUUGAGAACAAGAAGAGAGACGAGCGUGGAGAGGACAACUUUGAGAUUGAUAAUGCAUUUCUGAACAUUACAGACAUCCAAAAUAGAAGCUUUAGAGUGGAAGAAAUGGUACACGAGCCCCGUCAAGGUUUAAUGAAUAAGGAUAAUUAUGAUCCUGGAAUGAAGUGGUCUCAAACAGGACGGAGUCACGAUGCUUACGACAUGCCGGUCCCAAAAUCUUUCAUCAUGGCUACUACGAAACACCUGACCACUCAUGCUGACUUUAUCAUCAUCGGUGGAGGAACAGCAGGUUUAGUGUUAGCCAAUCGUUUGACUGAAGAUCCGAACACUCAAGUUUUGGCUGAUUUUGACGCAUGGUGUGAACUCGGAAAUAGCGGCUGGAAUUGGUCUUCUAUUGCCCCUUAUUUCAAGAAGUCGUAUACAUUGUUACCACCAUCUAAUCAAGCGACCCUUGACCAUCUCGGUAUUGACUGGGUCAAUGAGGACUAUCGCGGGAAAGACGGUCCCAUCCAGGUUUCUUUUCCAGGUGUCAUUCAAAACCCUCUUUGUAAGGCCUGGAUUGACGCUUUUCGCGGUAUCGGCAAGGCGACUAGUGGUGAUCCUUUUUCUGGCAACUCAGUGGGAGGUUACAGUAAUGCAGCGACCGUCGACCCGGCUACCAAGACCCGAAGCUAUGCAGCUUCGGCGUACGGGCUACCAUUCCUUCACAGACCGAACUUUCGUGUCAUUACUGAUGCAAUUGUUCACAAAAUCAAUUUCGAGAAUGAGAAUGGUGGCAUCACUGCCACAGAAGUCAUUCUUUCUGCUGGUGUUUUCAACACGCCCAAAAUCCUUGAACUUUCUGGUAUUGGUAAGAAGCAACUGCUUGAAAAACAUUCCAUCCCAGUCGUGAUUCCAAAUCCCAAUGUCGGAGAGCAUCUACAAGACCAUUUGAUGACGGGUGUUUCAUUUGAGGUCGUGGAUGGUAUUGUGACAGGAGAUCCACUGAUGCGACAAGAACCGGAAGCUCUCCAGCAAGCACAAAGCUUAUAUUUUGAACACAAGGCUGGCCCUUUCACCAUUGGCGGCAUGCAAUCUCACGCGUUUAUGCCCAUUGUUGAGCUUGCAAAUGUGGAAGACCGCAAAGUGCAAGAGCUUCUGGAUGGGCAUCAUGCAAAGCCAGAAGAUCGAGAGCAUUGCGACAUAGUGCAGUCUAUCAUCCAGAAACCAGAUGAAUGCUCUGCAGCAUGGCUCAUGUUUCUUGCGCAAGUCAAUCUUCACGAAGCAGGCACAAGCUUCGUAGGUAACAAUCUUCUACCAGGAAACUUUGCCAGUUUCGGUGUUUCCCAAUCUCACCCUUUCUCCCGCGGCUCGACGCAUAUUGCUUCCGCAAACAUCAACGACAAUCCACUCAUUGACCCCAAUUAUUUUUCGCAUCCAGCUGAUCUUGAGAUUAUGGCACGACACCUCCAAGAAAUGGAAACACUCCGAAACACUAAGGAGCUCUCGCCAUUUUUCAAACCGGACGGGAAAAGGAAUCACCCUGAUGCUUACAAAAUCUCUACUUUGGAAGGUGCGAAGAAAUACAUCCUCGAUACUGCUCUAACAACGUAUCAUACGUGUGGUUCAGCAGCCAUGUUACCGAAAGAGAAGGGAGGUGUUGUGGAUGACAAGUUAGUGGUAUAUGGCACGACUAAUCUCAGAAUUGUUGAUGCGAGUAUAUUUCCGCUGAUUCCUCGGGGAAAUAUUAUUUCUUCGGUGUAUGCUGUUGCGGAGAAGGCAGCGGAUAUUAUCAAAGGUGUUUGA